GGCAGUCUUGGUUUUGUGAGGCCGGUCUUAAAAAAUUCUAAACAGUUUUACUAGGAAGUAAAUCUUACAGAAAACAGGGGGACGCGCUUUCGCAGGGUUGUACGUACAACCGUAAAGCUUUGGAAAAGCGGCUUGAUAUCUCGCUAUUCUUUGCUUCCCCGAAGCUCUGCGUUUAUUGAACUUCUCAGACAGGAAGGAAGCACCAGAUUGAAGAGGCUGGCUAAGCCUCAGCGCGUCUUCCGCUUUGCAGAUUGCAGGCGAUGCACAAUACAACCAUUGCUGAAUACACAGCGCAUACGUAACGUGCAGUCAGCUACAAACGUUAUGCUAGUGAGGGGAUAACCUCCAUCCAAGAAAACCCCUUCCCUCUCCGCACCCCGUUGAAUGUUGACUGGAGCCAACCCAGUCGCGCGACUAUAGCGCGUGGCGUUUGUAAACCCCGCAAACAGCCGGCUUACUCCAGCGAGGUCAUAGCAACAUUACGGGGGGAAAGGAGGGAUGAGCGCGCAGGCGCAGUACGAGGUUGGGUGUCCAACAUGGCUGAGGUGCUGCUGCUUCUUCUUGUGCAGCAGCAGUCGCUGAGGGGAGGAUGCUGAGGUUCUUGGGAACAGCAGCAGCAGUGUCAGUGGUGGCAGGGCUAGCAGGGACCGAGGCAGGCUCUCUUCAGCCAUGGCCAGGCUGGCAGACUAUUUCAUUGUGGUGGGCUAUGACCAUGAGAAGACAGGAUCAGGAGAUGGUUUGGGGAAAAUUAUCCAGAGAUUUCCUUUAAAGGAUUUGGAUGACACUCCUUUUCCACAGGGAAUAGAGUUGUUUUGUCAGCCUGGUGGAUGGCAUCUAUCCAGGGAGAGGAAGCAGCCUACAUUUUUUGUGGUGGUUUUGACAGAUAUAAACUCUGAACGGCACUACUGCUCUUGCCUAACGUUCUAUGAAGCAGAGAUCAAUCUGCAGGGGUCAAGAGAAAUGGAAGGAGAAGAGGAAAGUGGUCUGAUCCAGCCUGCAGAAGUAUUUGCUCCUAAAAGCCUGGUAUUGGUAUCCAGAUUAGAUUAUCCAGAAAUUUUCAGGGCUUGCCUUGGCUUGGUCUACACUGUGUACGUGGACAACCUGAAUGUUCCGUUGGAGAGUAUCAUUGCAAAUCUCUGUUCAUGCUUUGUCCCUGCUGCUGGAGGGUCACAGAAGCUGUUUUCCCUAGGAGCAGGAGACAGGCAGCUGCUACAAACUCCUUUACAUGAUAGUCUUCCUGUCACAGGGACUAGUGUGGCUCUUCUGUUUCAACAAUUAGGAAUUCAAAAUGUGCUGAGUCUAUUCUGCGCAGUCCUUACAGAAAACAAGGUCCUAUUUCAUUCUGCAAGUUUCCAAAGACUGAGUGAUGCCAGUAGAGCACUAGAAUCUUUAAUGUUUCCUCUCAAAUACAGUUACCCAUACAUCCCGAUUCUCCCCGCACAGCUCCUUGAAGUUCUCAGCUCACCCACACCUUUUAUUAUUGGUGUGCAUUCUGUCUUCCGUAAUGACAUUCAUGAACUUUUAGAUGUAAUCAUAGCAGAUCUGGAUGGCGGUACAAUUAAAAUUCCUGAAUGUAUUCAUCUAUCCCAGCUCCCCGAACCACUUCUCCAUCAGACUCAAACCGCCCUCUCUCUAGUUUUACAUCCAGAUUUGGAAACAGCAGAUUAUGCAUUUCCUCCUCCUCGAACAGCUCUAUCACAUUCCAAAAUGUUGGAUAAAGAGGUGCGAGGCGUCUUUCUUAGGUUAUUUGCACAGCUUUUCCAAGGAUAUAGAUCUUGUCUUCAGCUGAUCAGGAUUCAUUCAGAACCUGUCAUAAACUUUCACAAGGCAGCCUUCUUAAGCCAGCGAGGCUUGAUUGAGAAUGAUUUCCUUACCAAAAUUCUGAAUGGAAUGGCAUUUGCUGGUUUUGUGUCAGAGAGAGGUCCUCCAUACAGAUCCUGUGAUCUCUUUGAUGAGUUGGUAGCAUUUGAAGUAGAGAGAAUUAAAUCUGAGGAAAGCAAUUCAUCAAAAGUGUUAAAGCACGUCAGAGAACUUGCAGACCAGCUGUUCAAAAAUGAGAAUCCAUAUCCUCACAUGGCAUUCCAGAAAGUUCCACGACCUACAGAAGGGUCUCAUUUGCGAGUUCAUAUACUUCCUUUCCCCAAGAUUAAUGAGAAUCAAGUUCAGGAUCUAAUCCAGGAAGGCUUGGUUAAGAACCAAAGUGCACCACCUGCUUCUCGAAUAGAAAGGAAAUGUGUUGUUCCUGCUGGUCCACCUGUUGUUUCCAUAGUAGAAAAGUCAAGUACAGUUUUCAACAGUGCACAAAGGCUGGAAGUUGUUAAAAACUGCAUCUCUUUUAUAUUUGAAAAUAAAAUUUUGGAGACUGAAAAGACCCUGCCUGCUGCACUGAGAGCCCUAAAAGGAAAAGCAGCUCGACAAUGUUUGACACAGGAACUAAGCCUCCAUGUUCAGCAAAAUCGAGCAAUAUUGGAUCAUCAGCAGUUUGAUUACAUCAUACGGAUGAUGAACUGUACUUUGCAGGAUUGUUCAACUUCAGAAGAAUACAACAUUGCUGCAGCACUACUGCCACUAACAACUGCUUUUUAUAGGAAACUAGCUCCUGGAGUCAGUCAGUUUGCUUACACCUGUGUUCAAGAUCACCCAAUAUGGGCGAACCAGCAGUUCUGGGAAACAACCUUUUACAGUGAUGUGGAAAAUCAAAUUCGUUCACUCUAUCUUUCAAUUAAGGAAGACAAUCAUCCACAAUAUGUAAAGCAGAAGGAGAAGAAUUCUGAAGCCCAGGCCCAAGAAAAAACUGCCAUGGACUUAGCUGCUGAACAGAUGCGUUUGUGGCCAACACUUAGUAAAGAGACUCAACAUCAACUAGUACAAAGUGAAGAAAGCAUGGUUUUCAGUCAGGCAAUUCAUUUUGCUAACCUCAUGGUGUACCUGCUGGUGCCACUGGACACCAGUAAAAACAAACUGUUAAGAACGUCAGCUACAGGAGACUGGGAGAGUGGAAGCAACAGCAUUGUCACAAAUAGCAUUGCAGGCAGUGUUGCAGAGAGUUAUGACACUGAAAGUGGCUUUGAGGAUUCGGAGAACAAUGAUAUUGCCAAUGCUGUUGUACGCUUCAUUACUAGGUUCAUAGACAAGGUUUGUACGGAAAGUGGAGUUACACAAGAUCACAUCAGGAGUCUUCAUUGUAUGAUACCAGGAAUUGUAGCAAUGCAUAUUGAGACUUUGGAGGCUGUUCAUCGAGAAAGUAGAAGGUUGCCACCAAUUCAGAAGCCCAAGAUUCUACGACCAGCUUUGCUACCAGGGGAAGAGUUUGUGUGUGAAGGUCUCCGUGUGCUCCUGGAUCCUGAUGGCAGAGAGGAGGCAACCGGAGGAAUGCUUGGAGGCCCUCACAUUCUCCCUGCAGAAGGAGCUUUGUUCCUUACUACGUACAGAGUUAUAUUUAAAGGCACACCUCAUGAUCAACUAGUGGGAGAACAAACAGUUAUUCGGAGCUUUCCCAUUGCCUCAGUAACUAAGGAGAAGAAAAUUACCAUCCAGAACCAGUUUCAGCAAAGCAUGCAGGAGGGGCUGCAAAUCACCUCAGCUGUGUUUCAGCUGAUUAAGGUAGCUUUUGAUGAAGAAGUGGGUCCUGAAGUUGUAGAGAUAUUUAAGAAACAGCUAAUGAAGUUUCGCUACCCGCAGUCCAUCUUUAGCACUUUUGCUUUUGCAGCUGGCCAAACUGCACCUCAGAUAAUCUUACCAAAGCAAAAGGAAAAGAACACUUCCUUUCGGACUCUUUCAAAAACAAUUGUAAAAGGAGCUAAACGUGCAGGGAAAAUGACAAUUGGCCGACAGUACUUACUAAAGAAAAAGACAGGGACAAUUGUGGAAGAAAGAGUGAAUCGUCCUGGGUGGAAUGAGGAGGAUGAUAUAUCAGUUUCAGAUGACAGUGAAAUGCACACUAGUGGUACUUUGAAAGCAUCAGAGAAAUCAACAAUGGAGCAGCUAGUGGAAAGAGCUUGUUUUAGAGACUAUCAACGUUUGGGAUUGGGGACCAUCAGUAAUAGCUCUUCUCGCUCAAAGACAGAGUACUUUCGAAUAACUGCCUUAAACAGAAUGUAUUCUCUUUGUAGAAGCUAUCCAGGGCUACUAGUGGUACCUCAGUGUGUGCAGGACAGCAGCCUACAGAGAGUAGCUCGCUGUUACAGACACAACCGCCUGCCAGUGGUCUGUUGGAAAAACUCAAAAACCAGCACACUUCUGCUUCGAGCUGGUGGUUUUCAUGGCAAAGGAGUAGUUGGCCUUUUCAAAUCUCAAAAUACACAAACAUCAGCUCCUACAUCAUUAGAAUCAUCAAACAGCAUAGAACAAGAAAAAUAUCUUCAAGCCUUAUUGAAUGCAAUUUCUGUCCAUUGCAAAAUGAAUGGCAAUACUCUCACUGUCAGGCCAACAAUUGCUUUGUCUCCAGGCACUGAAAAGAGGGCUUCAAGAAUGUCCACUGUGUUUAAACAGGUAGUGCCAGGACAGUUGGAUGUAAAUCUAUCCAAUAGCUUUGCCCGAGGAGGUGUGUGGGCAAGUCUUCGUUCUAGCAGUCGGUUUAUCAGCAGUCAAAUGCCAUUCCUUGAUGUGGGUGCAAGAUUAGCAGGGAAAGAUGGUUCACCUUCAUAUACCAGCAAUAGUGCAUAUUUUCAAAACCAGCUUCUGAAACGUCAGGCUGCCCUCUACAUAUUUGGAGAAAAAUCUCAGCUAAGGGGCUUCAAACUUGAUUUUGCUUUAAAUUGUGAAUUUGUUCCAGUUGAGUUCAGUGACAUCCGGCAAGUGAAAGCUAGUUUUAAAAAGCUCAUGAGUUCUUGUGUUCCUAGCAACAUCCCAGCAGAUUCUGAAAUAACAUUCCUUAAAUCACUUGGAGAAUCAGAGUGGUUCCCACAGCUUCAUAGGAUAAUGCAGUUGGCUUUGGUUAUAUCGGAGUUACUUGAAAAUGGUUCUUCAGUUUUGGUUUGUCUGGAAGAUGGCUGGGAUAUCACAGCACAGGUGGUGUCUCUUGUGCAAUUACUCAGUGAUCCAUUCUAUCGAACCCUUGAAGGUUUCAGAACACUAGUGGAGAAAGAAUGGCUGUCCUUUGGCCAUAAGUUCAGCCAGCGCAGUAAUUUGACUCUCAAUUGCCAGGGGAGUGGGUUUGCUCCUAUCUUUCUGCAAUUCUUGGAUUGUGUUCACCAGAUUCAUCACCAGUAUCCAAUGGAGUUUGAAUUCAAUCAAUAUUAUCUGAAGUUCUUGGCAUUUCACUAUGUUUCCAAUCGAUUUAAAACAUUCCUACUUGACUCAGACUAUGAAAGACUGGAACAUGGAACAUUGUUUGAAGAUAAAGGAGAGAAACAUGGCAAGAAAGGAAUAUGCAUGUGGGAAUGCAUUGACAAAAUACACAAAAGAAGUCCUGUUUUCUUCAAUUACCUCUAUACACCAGUUGAAACAGAGGCAUUAAAACCAAAUGUAAACAUAUCCAGUCUUAAAAAGUGGGAUUACUACACAGAGGAGACUUUGGCCACUGGUCCUUCUUAUGACUGGGCCAUGGCAACUGCAAAAUGUAGUACUAUGGAUGAACACGACCAGAUGGACAUGUCACCUUCCCGGAGUAAAAGGAAAAUUGUCUGGCCGUGCUAUGACAAUGUUAACAAAGUGCAGCCAGAUGCCAUCACCAGUCUAUUAAAUGAAAUUGAAAGACUGGAGAGCAAGUUAAAUCAAAGCCCAGAAAGGUGGCAGCCAUUGUGGGAAAGAGUGAAAGUAAACGUGAAAGAAGACACAAGGCAAGACAAUGUCUUUGACACUGCUUGGAAAGCUGAAUGGGUGCACCCCAAUAAGCAUCGGAGGCAUCCUUCUGGUUCUUCAGCAAUAAUGUCAUCCAAUCUGCAUUCCUAUCAGAAAAGGUCUUUGUUGCAUCUACCAGACAGUGGGUUGGGGGAAGAACAGAACUCCAACAUCUCACCCUCCAAUGGUGUGGAAAGGAGAGUAACUACGCUAUACAAUCAGUUCACAUCAAAGAAUGAUGAAAACAGGUCAUUUGAAGGUACACUUUACAAAAGAGGAGCUUUGUUAAAAGGCUGGAAACCUCGUUGGUUUGUGCUAGAUGUUACCAAACACCAGCUAAGAUAUUAUGAUUCUGUAGAGGAUGCAUGCUGCAAGGGCCAUAUUGAUCUUGCAGAAGUGGAAAGUGUAAUACCUGCUUCACCAACCAUUGGUGCUCCAAAGCAUGCUAGUGAAAGAGCAUUCUUUGAUCUGAAGACGAGUAAACGCGUAUAUAAUUUCUGUGCCCAAGAUGCACAGAGUGCCCAGCAAUGGAUGGACCGAAUACAGAGUUGUAUUUCAGAUGCUUAAUAAGGAAUCUCAUUUUGCUGCCAACAGGAGAAAGGAAAUGCUUUCAGUAUGCAUGAGAAAACAACUUUGGAUUAUGAGAGUAAUUGUUAUUGCAGUUCAAGCAGCCUUAUGUUUUAGCCAUAAAUGCUCAGAAUUUUGUCUUUCCUUAAAUAUAUAGCUUAUACAAUUGCUGUUUCUCCAUAUGGAGGACACUCAAAAUCAUUAGCUUCUUUGCCUGGAAAAGUGUUCUCUUCCAUAGAAUUCCAAGUUAGGUAAUAAGGAGCAUUGCACUGGGAUGCUCCGUUAUCUCAGAAUUGUUCUUUUUCUAAACAAAGGAUUGUGUUUAAAACAUUUGUGAACACUUUUCCCCAAAAAAAUUAUUUUUCACUACUUCAGAAAAAGGAGUCAAUUUUUAGGCUAGUAACAUUUUCUUGGAGAGCAUUAUUUAAACCUUCCAAACCAAUUAAGGAUUGUAUCCAGCAGUUGCAUGGACAGAAGACAAUUUGCACAACCAUUUUUUCUCUUUCCUACUCCUGCCUCUAUGAAGCCCCAGAGGGUUGAGAGGCCCUCCUGAAAAACGUUGGUUGGGUUGUACAAGGCUGGAAGAAGGCAAGCUUAUGCAGGGUUCCUGAGCCCACCCGAUAUAACACAGCCCACACUGUUCAUGAAGGCUCUCCAAAUUUCUGGAGACUUUGGGGGGGUGCAGAGGCUAAGAGGAAGAGGAAGGAAACAGAAAAUUGGUUGUCCAAGUAAUCGUCUACUCAUGCAACCUUUGGAUAUAACUUUCUGUUUAGAAUCCAAUUAAUAAGCAUAAUGGAGUGUUUUAAGCCAUUAUAGACAGCAAAAAAAAGUUUUCAGAAAUUAUUUUUUUCACAGUCAUUUUGUUUCCAGAUAUAUCUAGUUAGUUGAAGGAUACAUCAUUUUUUCUUUAUUUUCUCUUUACCUGUUGCAGUAGAUCAACAGACAUAAAAAUAAAACUGACAAAAGUCAAAACCUGCUACAAAUCAGACUUAGGAGAAAAGCCUAAAAAAUAUCAGAAGUUGUAUCUUAAUUUAUGUGCUGUGCUGCUCGUUGUAAAAUGAAAUAACACAAUGAUAAAUGCACUAAACAAAACAAAAACUUGCACUGAAAUCCUUGAAAGCAGACAUUUGAAGGACAGAAGUAAAUUAUUUAUAGCAAAAUGCUAGCUAGAUAACCAUGAUUACAGAUAAUGAAUAUGUACAUAAUUGGGCAUAAUAUGUGUGAUUUCAUACUUUAAAAACAUUUUUGCACAUAAAAUGGAAGAAUGUUUUUAGAUUUUUUUUACAUUUGCUAACAUUGUGUUUGUUCAUCUUAAAUCUUUGAGAAAUGUUGGGGUUUUUUAUAGUCCAAAAUUAAUACAAGUUUGACUUGCUGAUGACUUUGAGUGUGGAGUCUCUAGAUAGCCAACAUGUCAUGUUUUUGUUUUCAGUACUAAUACAGUAAAUAUCAAGCUAAUAUGUCAGAGUUUGUAUAUACUAAUCAGUAUUUUCUAGUGUUUAGUAAUAUUGCUUGUAACUUAAGAGCUGCAUUCAUAUGCAAUGCUAAACUAGUGUUAUAAUGACAAACCACAGCAAGCCUUGGGAUUCUAUGAUUCUAUGCAUGCUAGUCCCUCCUCCUCUGAUGCAGGCAAGAGGAGCAAUUCAGAAGCUUCCACUUCAUUUGUUGCGACAUCUAAAUCCAGUCAAACUGUGUUUAUUCUUACCUGUGUUUAGUGAAAACAAGUAAACUUCAACCCAUAGUUUAUGAAGCUGGGUUGUUUUGACUAAAUGAUAGUUGAUAUUAAGCACAAUUUAGGAUUCAGGCAUAAUUUUUAAGAUCUGGUUGAACUAAAAGGGGAAGGGAUGGGUGUGUCAGAGGAGAGAAAGGAAGCAUGGAAGGCCAAGGGCUACUGUGGCCUUUCAUCAUAACACCAAACUAUGGUUUAGAAUUUCAUGUGAACUGAGUCAGUACCAACUAACCAAACUGACUUCAUUUAUAGGAUUUCAGUUACUGAAAUUGUAUACUCUUUUUUUAAAAAAAACACUAUUUUUUCUACAUUUUUAAGUAAAUAGUGUAUACAGAUUUCACAGUGUACACAGAAUAGGAAAUGCAUGUUUAAAAUACAUUUGGAAUUCCAAAAAGAAACAAAGGAAUGAAGGAUUUUUCUAGCAUUUUCAGCAGAAAAACCACCACCUCUGAAGAAAUGGUUUUGCACAUUUCAUGUAUUUUUCUUUGUAUAUGAAGUACUUUUAUAUAUGUACUUUGUAUAAUAAUUAUUCUGUUUGUUCUAUGGUUGUUUAAAAAUGUACACUACUUAUAUGGUUGUAACUAGUCAGUUUUACUUAUUUUAUGUGUGUUACAUAACUAGU